UCUGAGCUUGAGCGUCAUCAAUGGCGAUGAGCUCCUCCUCUCUCUUGAUCUUCUUCUCCUUGUUGUGCUUCUCCAUCUCGUCGGCGUUGGCGGCCAAUGUCACCUAUGACCAUCGUUCCCUCAUCAUCGAUGGCCGGCGACGGCUCAUCAUCUCCACUUCCAUUCACUACCCCCGCAGCGUCCCCGAAAUGUGGCCUCGCCUCGUGGCCAUGGCCAAGGACGGCGGCGCUGAUGCCAUUGAAACGUAUGUCUUCUGGAACGGCCAUGAACCCUCCCCUGGCAAUUAUUAUUUUGAGGAUCGGUUCGAUUUGGUGAAAUUUGUGGAGAUUGUUCGCGAUGCCGGCAUGUAUCUCCUACUCCGCAUUGGGCCUUUCGUCGCCGCUGAGUGGAAUUUCGGAGGAGUGCCUGUUUGGUUGCAUUAUGUGCCUGGCACGGUGUUCCGAACGGACAAUAAGAACUUCAAGUUUUAUAUGGAGAAGUUCUUGACGCUCAUUGUGGACAUGAUGAAGCAGCGGAGGUUCUUUGCUUCUCAGGGAGGACCAAUCAUCCUCUCUCAGGUUGAGAAUGAAUAUGGAGAUAUUGAGACUGUAUAUGGAGAGGGGGGAAAGCCAUAUGCUAUGUGGGCUGCUAAUAUGGCUCUUUCCAAGAAUAUUGGUGUACCUUGGAUAAUGUGCCAACAAUAUGAUGCUCCUGGCCCUGUUAUCAACACAUGCAAUUCAUUUUACUGCGAUCAGUUUACACCAAAUUCUUUGGACAAGCCAAAAAUUUGGACUGAGAACUGGCCUGGAUGGUUCAAAACUUUUGGUUCAAGAAAUCCUCAUAGGCCGCCAGAAGAUAUUGCCUUUGCAGUUGCACGGUUUUUUCAGAAAGGUGGAAGCCUUCAAAAUUAUUACAUGUAUCAUGGAGGAACAAACUUUGGUCGCACCUCUGGAGGACCAUUCAUCACAACAAGCUAUGAUUAUGAUGCACCAAUUGAUGAAUAUGGAUUGGCAAGGCUUCCAAAAUGGGCACACCUGAAGGAACUCCACAAGUCUAUAAAAUUAUGUGAGAGCACAAUGCUCUUUGGCAUGUCAACACUUCUCCAUCUCGGUCAUCAGCAAGAGGCUAAUGUUUAUACAGAUUCUUCUGGAAAUUGUGUUGCAUUCCUUGCUAAUAUUGAUGAAGUAAAUGAUAAACUGGUAGAUUUCCAGAAUAGGUCGUAUCAUCUUCCAGCUUGGUCUGUUAGUAUUCUGCCUGAUUGCAAAAAUGAGGCAUUCAACACUGCAAAGAUACGAUCUCAAACUUCUAUGGUAGAUAUGGUACCUGAAAAUUUGCAAGCAACAAUGAAAUCUCCAAGUAAAUUUUCUGGAGACCUUCGGUGGGAUAUAUUCAUGGAGAAGGCUGGGAUAUGGGAAGAGCCUGACUUUGUAAAGGAAACUCUUGUAGAUCAUAUCAACACAACAAAAGAUUCCACAGAUUAUCUGUGGUAUACAACUAGUUUGCAUGUGGAUGAGCGUGAAGAUUUCUUAUACGCUGGAAGCAAAGGAAGACUUAUACUUGAAUCAAAGGGCCAUGCUGUCCAUGCAUUUAUAAAUCAGGAGCUUCAAGGCAGUGCAUCCGGAAAUGGUACAGUGUCACCUUUCAAGCUUGAAACUCCUAUUACUCUGAAGGCAGGGAAGAAUGAGAUUGCUCUUCUAAGCAUGACUGUUGGCUUGCAAAAUGCAGGGCCAUUUUUUGAGUGGGUUGGUGCAGGGUUGACCAGCGUGAAGAUAUCUGGAUUCAGAAAUGGAACUGUGGACUUAACUUCGGCCGUGUGGUCUUAUAAGGUUGGGCUGGAAGGGGAGCAUAAAGGUGUUUAUAAUAUAGAUGGUAGUAGCAAGGUGAAGUGGAUAUCCAUGUCAGAGCCUCCAAGAUAUAAACCCCUAACAUGGUACAAGACAGUUAUAGAUGCACCAAAGGGAGCUGAGCCAGUAGGACUUGAUAUGAACCAUAUGGGGAAAGGCCAAGCAUGGCUAAAUGGAAAAGCUAUUGGAAGAUAUUGGCCAAGGAAAGGUCCUAGGCAUGGUUGCCCUGCAAGUUGUAAUUAUAGAGGCAAGUUUUUUCCUGACAAAUGCAACAAUGGAUGCGGAGAACCAACUCAGAGAUGGUACCAUGUCCCACGUUCUUGGUUUCAGCCAUCUGGCAAUAUUCUUGUGAUUUUUGAGGAGAAGGGUGGAGAUCCAACUAAGAUUGCUCUUUCAAGACGCCGUGUUACUGGAGUUUGUGGCCUUGUAUCGGAGAAUUACCCAUCUAUAGACCUGGAAAGCUGGGAUAGAGGAGUGAAAUUUGAAGAUGGAACUAAAGCUAGUAUUCACUUGAAGUGCCCUGAGAGGACCCAAAUAUCAUCUGUGAGAUUUGCCAGCUUUGGUAAUCCAAGUGGAAUUUGUGGAUCCUACAUCCAAGGGUCAUGCCAUUAUCCACAUUCAGCUUCAGUUGUUGAGAAGGCAUGUCUAAACAAGAAUGAAUGUGUUGUCUCAUUGUCUGAAGCCAAAUUCGUUACGACAGAGUUAUGUGAUGGAGUGACCAAAACACUUGCUAUUGAGGCUGCAUGUGACUAAUAGAUUCUUCUGGGAUAUGACCUCAGAAUUCCAGAGUUUUGCUAAUUGAAGGCUAUCUCAACUUACUUCUAUGUGUCCUUUAUCAUUUUUAUACAUGGCAUGAGUAAACCGACCUAAAAAGUUGGCACAGAGGUUUCCUUUCCUGCAAAGCUGAUGGAAGGUUAUGCCACAUUCUCUAUAUAUCCUUGUUGUGUUUUAUAUACUUCUCUUGGUUAAACAUCAAGGAAAAAGAUAACUUGAAAUAUGUAGGUCUUUUUGACCUCCAUCAAUUGGAUCAUUCAAUUCCAUGCCUUCUCAAUUGAAGGUGUAUUUAUGAUCUUAAAUAAUAUUCCACUUCUAGUGUAA